CCCCUUCACUUCCUCUGUUCCUCAGUUCCUCAAAAUCUCCCCGAUCUGACGACCCUGCCGCCCGUUUGCGCCUCUCGCCGAGCUCGCCGCUCGCUUCUGCCUCCUCUAUUCCUCCCUCAAAGGGGGGCUCCGUGGUCGAGCUCAUCGCCUUCCACGCCGCGGUCGGCGGCGUCAGCGAACCCUCGCGCGUGGUCCUCUCCUCCGGCAGCAGGCCUCUCCGCCUCGUCGCCGGAUUCCCCCGUUGCGUCGUGUACGACUGUCUUUGUCGUGGACGGAGGGAACACGGCCAUCCACCUGUGCCUCGCGGCAGGUCUUCUGGAACCCUCCCCUUUUCCCCACCACACAAGAUGCCGACGCCGUCUCAUCGCCAUUGCCCUAACCAUCCAAAGGGGGGUCACGGCGACUGUGCUGGAGCAUGCGGCGGGGACGGCAUCCCCGUCAUCGACCUCGGCGUCCUCCUCAACGGCAACGCCGAGCAACGAUCUCAGGCGACACGCGAGCUCGGCCAGGCCUGCGAAGACUGGGGCUUCUUCAUGGUGAUUAACCAUGGGGUGCCUGAGGCGCUCCAAGAAGAAGUGAUGGAGGCGUGUAAGGAACUAUACAGCUUACCGAGGGAUGAGAAGGCAGAUUACAUUGCUGCUGGCCCAAAGGAUCCUAUACGUAUUGGAACAGGUCUCUUCUACUCUGACGUUGACGAUGCCAUAUGUCGGAGGGACUAUAUGAAGAUGAUUGCUCACCCAGAGUUUCACUGCCCUGCAAAGCCUGCAAAGCUGAGAGAUAUUGCUGUGGAGUACUCUGCUCGAACGAGGCAGCUGUUGCUGGAGCUUGCGAAGGCGAUCUCCGAGAGCCUGGGACUUGACCGUGGCCGCAUUUCUGAAGUUCUAAACCUUGAGUCCUGCUUCCAGAUCCUUGUCGGGAACAAUUACCCGCCAUAUGCUGGCUCGGAUGGGGUUAUGGGAAUUUCAGCCCACUCUGACCAUGGCCUUCUCACUCUGCUCUUCCAAAAUGGUGUGGAUGGUCUCCAAGUCAUGCACAACGGCCAGUGGGUCACCGCAAAGCCCCUUCCAGGCUCACUGUUCAUUCUCACUGGCGAUCAGUUGGAGAUUGUGAGCAAUGGAAGGUACAAGGCCGUGCUCCAUCGCGCACUGGUCCACGGUGGGCAGACGAGGAUGUCGUUCGUGAGCCUGGUCGGGCCGUGCCUAGAUGCUGUCGUAGAGCCAGUCCUGGAGUUGGCACAGAAUGACCCCCAGGGCAUGAAGUUCCGGGGAAUCAGGUACAGGGACUACAUGGAGCACCAGCAGAGCAGCAAGAUGAACACAAAAGCAGCACUGGACAUCGUUCGUGUGCAGGGUGACAUAUUGACAUGUGAGAGCACACCUAACAGUUCAACAGAGGCUGAUUCUUCAGGUUACAGUCCUACAAGUUGAUAUGCUGAACAUUUAUGUCUUAGUGAAUCAGUGCAUUCCAUGUCGUAGUACUCCCUCCUCUUCGGUUCCUAGUAGUUGAUAAGACUGAUUAGACAUUCUACUAUUCUCUGUUGGGACAA